CGCAGAGCAGAAUGGCUGAAUUCAGACUGACUGAAAUUUCAUUAUUUCUGAUUCUACAGCUUCAUUUUACAGCGGUGCAUAGCGCCACGAGUUUCGCCUCGCUCCGAGUCAGCGAAGGCGAUGUGGUCACUCUGCCGUGUGACUCGCCGCCUGAGCACUGUGCCCACAAGACGUGGCUCUUCAGUCGCAAUUCAAAGGAGAUGACGCUGGUUGUCGGUGGCAAGAUUGUACAAACCAGGUUUGCCAGAGCCAAAGCAGCCAGACUGAUUUUCACCAAGCACUGUUCCCUAGUUAUGACGAACGUCACCGCUGAGGACGCUGGUCAGUACGUCUGCAAGCAGGCCGGCUCACUGCAUCGAAUGCCCAUGUAUGCUACGAUUGCUCUGUCUGUUGAGAAGAGUUUACCCUUUUUCUAUGCCAGACGCGGAGCUGAGGUCAGUCUGCCUUGUGGAGUGGUGAACGCACACCAGGACCAGUGUAUCCGCACCAACUGGCUCUUCAGCCGUCAUUUAUGGGACCCAAGACCAGAGCUGGUCUCCACCGGGAAGACUGCACAUGCAAAAUCAGGCAGAGCGAGUGUUGCAGAUGACUGUUCUCUGGUUAUAAAGAACAUCUCACAUCUGGACGCCGGCCGCUACUUCUGCCAGGAGGAUGCAUCACCAGUUUUAGAAGCUGGGGCUCAUCUGACUGUUGUGCACAUGAUUGAGAGCAUGGGGGACAGUAAGACUGAGUUCAGCUGCUGGGUGUCGACAUCUAGACAGUGCACACUGAUGGUGUUUUGGCGGCAUGCUGAUGGCUCUUGGAAAGACGUUCCUGGUUUCUCUGGGAUGCAUGGGGUUCCCUGCUCCUCCACAGUGAUGUUUGCGAAUGGUCAGGUGAACAAAGAGAAAUUGAAGUGCGAAGUGACUGAUGCCAGUGGAAAAGUGCAGACGUUUGACUUCAUCCCUAAGUCCUCAGGUUCAGGACGCUGAUAUGAUUUAUGAAAAGGUGAACAACGAUGUACAUGCUUCUAUAUCUGUGUGACAGCAGUGAGCAACAACCAGCAGCAGAAACAGGACAACACCACGGCUGUGCAUCAUGUUAUCACACUUUUAAAUCUACUCACUGAUGGCUUUAUGUUUUUUCUUUUCUUUUUUUUUUUUUUUUGCAUAGUUUGCAGUUAGCUGUAAGUCUCACACCUCAGAUUAUUUUAAAUACACCUAAAAUAUGAUUAUUGUUAUCAAAGUGAGGAGCGUUAUAUAGAUCUCAAGCUUUUAUUUCAUGUUGUAGUAACUACUGUUAGCAUCUUUUUUUUCUUAUAAAAGUGAGAGUUUCCUUCCUGAACCUGCAUCAAGACUUGAUAUGAAGAUUUUAUUGAUUGCAUUUUAAUGCAGUAAGUAGUUCAGUCACAGCUUAAGCUACAGAGCCUGUAACAUCGCACACACAGAAUUAAAAUCCUGGAUUUAUUAUUGAAUUUACUGGUGCCUUCACAUUUCA